AUGUAUCAGGAAUACGGUGCGAAGUAUGAGAUGAUGAUCAAAGACGCCACUUCAGCUCUAGAAAAUCUCCCCGAAUGGGAGUUACAUCAGAAGGGGCUUGAGGCUUUCGCGUUCACCAUGGAGCCAUCACCCUCGUCCGAUAGAAGAAAGGCUCUAACCAUAGGUGAUCUUCUUGUUAAGAUGCGCAUUCGAAAAAUCAGGCACUGUGUUUGGACGACCUGGAAGUAUCGCGAGGAGUCUGUCAACGCGUCAGGCCUCUGUGGAAAGCUCCGAGUCAUCCCUGUGCCAUGUCAUUCUCAAGAAUACAAGUACCAUGAAAUCUAG